AUGCUCUCCCAUUCUAUACGCUCCCGACUCCCGGGAUGCGCUGCCUGCAGGAUCAUACAACGCUCCGGAUAUACCACAGCGCGGUUUCUACAAUCCCCACCUAAAAAUAUACCCGAUUGCCAGCUUCUCAUCCUCCGACGACAUCCACUUUCCACCCAGAACGUCUUCCGAACCUCCCGACCGUCCACCUUGGGAUCGCAAUGUCGCUCAUUAACCACCGAAGAAGGCCCAGGAGCCUCCAAGGUCACGAAGGAAGUACGCCGUAGCCGGAUAUUACGCUUUGGGUUCAGGGUCUUGGCCUUCAGCGGAGGUGUGAUGCUCUUCGGCUUUGGUCUUGUGUUUGCGUUUUUCGUCUAUGAUGCCACCACCUACCGUACGGACCCAGACAACGUCGAUAUCCCUGUCUCGCAGAACGCACUUAACCCAAGACGGGGCGGCCCAAAGAACCUUCCAAUUGCCGAAGUUCUCGUGGACGAUCACGAUUGCGACAUGAAGCUGGAGCAAAAAGAUAAGCCAAAACUCGUUAUCCUUGGUACCGGAUGGGGAAGCGUGGCGUUGAUGAAGAGUUUGAAUCCUGGAGACUACCAUGUCACCGUUGUCUCCCCUGUAAACUACUUCCUCUUUACUCCAAUGCUCCCUUCAGCAACGGUAGGAACCCUCGGACUUAGCUCGUUGGUAGAGCCGAUCAGGCUGGUUGUACAGAGGCUUCGGGGACAUUUCCUUCGAGCCGAGGCGGUGGACGUAGACUUUGACGAGAAACUUGUUGAAAUAUCUCAAGUUGACUGCGAUGGGAACAGAAAGAAUUUCUAUCUGCCGUAUGAUAAACUGGUUAUCGGAGUUGGCUCUACAACCAAUCAGCACGGUGUCAAAGGUCUUGAACACUGCAACUUUUUGAAAUCGAUUGACGAUGCUCGUCAGAUUAAAGCAAAGGUCCUUCGAAACUUGGAAGUAGCCUGCCUUCCUACCACUAGUGACGAGGAACGGAAACGUCUUUUAUCCUUCGUUGUAUGCGGAGGAGGCCCAACUGGUGUCGAAUUCGCUGCCGAACUCUUUGACAUGUUAAAUGAAGAUUUGUUCAGAUCGUUCCCUAGGAUUUUGAGAAACGAGAUUUCUGUCCAUCUUAUCCAGAGCAGAAGCCAUAUUCUCAAUACUUACGAUGAAACUUUGUCCCUUUAUGCCGAGCGACGGUUCGCUCACGAUCAAGUCAACGUGCUUACCAAUUCAAGAGUCAAGGAAGUUCAGUCCGAUAAAAUCCUUUUCACUCAAAUGGAAGAUGGGAAGCCAGUUGUUAAGGAGAUUCCAAUGGGCUUUUGCUUAUGGUCAACUGGAGUUGCCCAAGCAGAACUGUGCCGAAAGCUAUCCAAGAAGCUAGAAGGCCAAAACAAUAAGCACGCUCUAGAGACCGAUACCCAUCUUCGACUACUUGGAGCUCCACGGGGAGAAGUAUAUGCUAUUGGAGAUUGUUCCACUGUACAGAAUAACGUUGCUGACCACAUCCUAUCCUUCUUACGUGAAAUUGCCUGGGAGAAAGGUCGUGACCCCCAGAAAAUUCAUCUCACUUUUGGAGAAUGGCGUGAUGUAGCCCAGCGUGUGAAGAAGCGCUUCCCGCAAGCCUCAAACCAUCUCAGAAGACUUGACAAGCUAUUUGAACAAUACGAUAUUGACCGGAGUGGUACCCUCGACUUCCAUGAAUUGCACGAGCUGCUCGUUCAAAUCGACUCGAAACUUACUUCUCUCCCUGCAACCGCCCAGCGAGCUAAUCAGCAAGGACACUAUCUCGGUCGCAAGUUCAAUAAAAUUGCCCUUGCCGUCCCUGGAAUGCGUUCUAAUGAAGUCAAUUUUGAAAGCCUUGAUGAAAGCGUUUAUCGAGCCUUUGAAUACAAGCAUCUCGGCAGUUUGGCAUACAUUGGUAACGCUGCUGUAUUCGAUAUAAAUGGUCUCAGCUUCGGAGGAGGCUUACUCGCCGUGUAUUUGUGGCGAAGUAUUUAUUUUGCUCAGAGUGUUAGCAUCAGGACCAGAGUCAUGAUGGCCAUGGACUGGGCUAAACGAGCUCUAUUUGGAAGAGAUAUGAUGAAUUUCUAA